AUGCCUGGACUCAUUAACAAGGAGAACCGGAGCGCUCUGCCCCUCAGUGUGUCAGACAUCACUUCCUGUGUCAGGGGUUAUACUCUGGCAAUGACAGCCUCUAUGACCUAUGAAAAUAUUGAGGAUCAUGCAAUUGAGGGGAUCUUCAUUUAUCCACUGGAGGAAAACUCUAUUGUUGUGGGGUUCGAGUCAAUGAUAUCCAGUCAGAUUAUAACACUGCAAAUCAAAGACAAGGCCAAAAUUGAGGACUGUUUUCUGGAUUGCUGCAACACAUCUAAUGGAGCCCUCCAGAGUAGCAGCGGACACAUAGUGAUGGAUGAAGAUAUGGAGAGGACAGUGUUAGUGGUUAACCUUGGGAUCAUCCCUCCUAUGGAGACUGUCCACAUUCUGGUUAGUACCUCGUCUGAGCUCUUCACUCUGCCCAGCGGAGGCAUCAGGGUCUCGUCCCCACCGGUGUGUACGCCUCGGGUACAGAGGACCAUCAACGAGGAGCAGGGACUAUCCCCAAACUUCUCCAGAAUGCGAGACAGGCAUAUUUGUGCCUCAAGUCCUCACGAUCAAACUCCCAACUCCGCUCAGCUGUGGUUGGCUUCACUGCUGGAGGAGGAGGCCAUAAACUCAAUGGACUACGAGUUUAACUUCCAGCUGGAGAUACGGGCUCCCUAUCUACUCGCAGGUGUAGAGAGCCCGUCUCAUGCUAUCCGAGCCGAUGCAGACCCUCUGGCCCGCUCUGCCACCAGCGUCGUCAUCACUCUGGCUGACAAGUACACCUACGACUGUCCUGUCCAAAUCCUCAUCUACCCCAGUGAGCCUCAUCUACCACAUGUGCUCAUCGAGAACGGAGACAUGACGCAGGAGGAGUACGAUGAAUAUCUUCACGGCCGGAGCGAUUUCAUCAAGGCCACCAAGAAGGACCCAAGCAAUGGGAAGAAAGUAGAUAUCAUUCACAGGCGACUCCAUAAAGACAUCCUCCACAACCCUGUGGUCAUGUUGAACUUCUGCCCUGAUCUCAAGUCUAUCAGCUCAGACCUGAGAAAGGUUCACGGAGAGUUUAUCUUCCUCAUUGACCGCAGCGGCAGCAUGAGUGGGGUUAACAUCAACCGUGUGAAGGAUGCCAUAGUGGUGAUUCUCAAGAGCCUUGUCCCAGGCUGCCUUUUUAACAUCAUAGGCUUCGGCUCUACAUUCAAAUCACUCUUCACAACCAGCCAGAACUAUGAGGAGGAAGCCCUGGCCCUGGCUUGUGAGUAUGUUAGAAAGAUGAGAGCCGACAUGGGGGGGACCAACAUCCUGGAACCGCUCAAUUGGAUCCUGAGGCAGCCGAUGUUCAGUGGACACCCCCGCCUUCUAUUCCUGCUCACCGACGGGGCCGUAAGCAACACAGGCAAAGUUAUCGAGCUGGUCCGCAGCCAUGCGCGCUACAUCAGAUGUUAUACGUUCGGCAUAGGACAGAAUGCUUGCAGGAGACUGGUGCAGGGACUGGCGACAGUUUCCAAAGGAACAGCAGAGUUCCUGGCCGACGGCGAGAGGCUGCAGCCCAAGAUGAUCAAAUCCUUGAAGAAAACCAUGUCUCCAGUUCUCAGUGACAUUUCAAUCGAAUGGCUCUUCCCUGAGACCAAAGAAGUGCUGCUGUCCCCUGUUGGCAACACCUUCCUGUUUCCAGGGGACAGUCUGAUUGGCUACAGUGUGGUUUGUGACACCACCCGCUAUCACUCCAACCCCAAAUCUGAUAAGAGGAGGCGAUACAGCAUGAUGCGCUCUAUUGAGUCCGCCAGCUCUGUGUUUUACCACUCUCAAGAAGAGGACCUUGUGAAGACAAGCGCAGACAGCCAUGUUUCCUACAGGGAAGCACUCUCUGGUCCUCUGUAUGACUCCUACCAGGACUCCAUGACAGACGGCAGCCCUGCUACCACAGAGCAAGAUGCCAUGGGGUUGGAUUGUAAGACAUCACCAAGAAGGCGUGCAUACAGUACCAACCAGAUAAUAGACUACAACCCUGCAAAGAGGGUCUACACUCCCAGUGAUCCCAGCUCUGUGGUGGCAAAGAAUCCACUGAGGAGAGCCAAGGUCCAGGAGCUGAUAGGCCAGAUGAGCCCCGAGCACGAGGCACAAUGGAGGAACGACUACCAGCCACAGCUGGCAAGCCUGUGUGCCACAUCUUCCAGCGGGCGCCCUGCCAGCUGUCACAGGCCACUCCCUCAGCAGGAGCCGCUUCUACAGCAGGAAGCCGACUCAGAGCUUUUCCAUCCCCAGCCUCAGGACAACCCUCAGCUCAGCGGUAUCAGCGUGCCGCCUGUAGCUCGCAACACCACUGGGGAAGAGGGGUCCAGAUCGUCCACAGACAGCCCAUCUGUUGGCAGCGUCGGAGAUAUAGAUGGUUACGGACACCAGUUAUGUCAAGCAGAAACCCCACAGGAGACCCAAACGUCAGAUCUGAGUACAGCCAACCAGCAAAAAGGUGACUGCAAGGCUGUGGUGUCCGGACUGCUGUGUGGGAAACCAGCGAAGUGGGAGGUCGUCUUUGAUGUCGAGCCCUUCCUGAAUGGCCGGGAACGAGAGGAAAAGGUUCACGAGGAGCUGUGGAAUGAGACCUUCCACCAUAUGGCUGGACGCUCCAUCAUACACGACUUUGAGCACAUGGCGCUUAAGGAGUGUGAGAUUGAAAACGGCUCUGGGAGGAAGUACCAGCUAUACGCUAUUCACACCAGCAAGGCCUGCAAUAUACUGAGCAAAUACACAGCAUUUGUCCCCAUCGACCUGGACACUAAUGAAUAUUUGCCAACAUGUAUUGAAUACAUAAACCCUAGUGAAGGUCUGAAGAGGGGCUCACAUUCCAGGUCUCGUUCAGGGAGCAGGAAGAACAGAGGGUACUCCAUCGGACUGGGUCGCUCUCAGUCUGGCGGCAUGUCUGAGGAAGCUGAAGACAAUGGAGAGGAUGGCGUCUCUCCAUGCAGCACCCCCUCCUCCUCCGGCUGGGAGAGAUGUAGCUUUACGGAGGUCUCCCAAAGGAGCCCGUCUGUGACCUCUGACCAAUCACAGAAGUCGGUGGAGAGCCUUUUUUCUGCCAGGCUGGCCCUCAGUAGGACUCGUCUCCUGACUCGAGCUGCUAAAGGAUUCAUGUGUCGAUCUCACAGCAAGUCCGGUGAUUCAAUUGGAGAGAGUGACAACGAGAACAAAGACUACAUUCCUCUGGUGUUGUUGCAGUUGGCUAGUGGUGCAUUUCCCCUGGACGCGGCUCUGUGUGAUGCCAUUAACGUGCCCAUGGACAAGCUGAAGUGGACGUCCCCCUUCAACAGCCACCGCACCAGCCUGGGCCACCUGUCUCAUUCCAGCAGCCGUCGUGCUGAGAGUGGCGAUGACGGACACAGAUCACUGUGUGAGCCAGACACAUAUCAGCAACCUGCAGACAGCCAUUCUCAUCUGUCCAGGAGCACCUGGAUGGUGGAUGCUGGUCCUUCUUUAUUAGGCAGUCCAACCGCCGCUGCUGAGCCCCAGCUCUCCCCGUACUCCCAGGUGGACAGUGGACGGGGCUCUGGGUCAGGGGGCUUAGAAACAGCAUCGCUCGGCGGGGCGCUAAAGAGGAUGCUGGACCCAGAGAGUAUGAUUUGGGCCACGGCUGUGGCCCUCGCCUGGCUGGAGCACAGCUCUGCCAGUUAUUUCAUAGAGUGGGAAAUGGUAGCCGCCAAGGCCAGCAUGUGGUUGAGUGCGCAGGACAUCCCAGAAGGUCGAGACUUAGCCUCCAUUAAGGCUGCUGCCAACCAGCUCUUCAUCAUCCUCAGACACUGGGAUGAAAACCUGCAACUAAACAUGCUCUGUUACAACCCUAACAGUGUCUGAGGCCUGCUAGACCAAGACUGAAAACAGAGACCACUGAAAGUAUUCAAUUCCAUAUGAUACUAUGCUAACUGAGGCUGUACUAUUCUCUGUUCAGCAGUAUGUCCUCUGGAGUCUGAUAUGGCCGUUUCAAUUGUGAACAAUGUGUAUUUC